AUGGGGUUUGAAGAGUUCGAACCCAUUUAUUGCGAACCGAAAGCAGAAUGGGGGAAGAGCUCCGACUUCGGACGUUCUGCCGCUCCUCUCCGGAGAUUCAUGAUGCAUGUUUUUGCUCCAGACUACUACCACCUCAAGAUUCAAGCAACCGAUUACAGCUCGAACACUUUUGAAGCUAAUAAGUCCAUUACGCAGCUGGAAGACUUGCAAGAUAGCAUUGGAAUUGGUGGCUCAUGGUCUGAGUUUGUGGACUACUUUAUAUCUUCACUUGAAUCUGAAGAUGUCAAGCUUGUGCUGGAGAAGCAUUCGGGUGGUGAUGGUGCUGCAUCGGCAAGAUUGGUUUCUCAGAAAACAAAAGGAAUGCCUUUGAUCUCCAUUUCUCUCAGGAGAGUUUUGGACUGUGAUGCAAAGGAUGUCAUGGCAGAUAUCUCUUUUGGCCUCUUCAAGACGCUCAAGUGUCCUCCAAAGAUGACGAGACAAGGUCAAGGGGAAGGGUAUUCUUCGCAGUUGAUGAAAGGAGUAGCAACAGAUGAAAAGACAAGCAACCAGCUCGAGAUACUGCAGCACCAAAGAAAGUUAUCAAUCGCGUUGUGCCAGCACAUCGCAGGCGAUGCUGAAGAUGACAACGAAGAAAGUUAA